CAUCAGCCGGAAUCCCCUUGGAGGACAUGUAGACACAGACGCGUGCGGGACCCCUUCAUUCAGGAGUUAUCCUUCAAUUCUUCAGGCAAUAAUCAAAAACUACAGGACUGUCACCAUGAAAGUUUCCAGCAUCGACUGCCGGCGUCUGAGGAAGAUCAUCAGAAAGGAGAGUGGGAGCUGCCUUAUUGUGGAUUGUCGACCUUACUUCUCAUUCACGAACUCAAACAUCAGAGGCUCUGUCAAUGUGAACCUCAACUCAGUGGUGGUCCGGAGGUCCCGAGGAGGGCCGGUGCCUCUGCAGUUUGUCAUCCCGGAUGAGAGAUCCCUGUUACGGCUCCGGGAGGGAAGCAUAUCGGCCAUCGUGGCUCUGGAUGACCGGACGUCCCAUUGGCAAAAGCUGAAGAAGGACAGUGUAGCACAAAUAGUAAUAAACACCCUCUCACAUCUAACGAGCGGGGCGAACAUCUGUUUCCUUAAAGGAGGAUACGAGAACUUCCACUCUCAAUACCCUGAACUUUGUACUGAGGAGAAAACCAUCGACCAGAGCGGAACUGAAACUGAGAAACGAGUCAGCAGUCACAGCGAGAAGCUUUGUCACCCCAAACCAGAUUAUGAUCAGGGUAAACCCGUCGAGAUCCUGCCUUUCCUCUACCUCGGUAGUGCCUACCAUGCCUCCAGACAGGACUAUCUCAGCGACCUUCACAUCACGGCCUUGCUCAACGUGUCUCGCAGAGACAUGCGGCCGGCAAAGGGCCACUUUGAGUACAAGUGGAUCCCAGUGGAGGACAGCCACAUGGCUGACAUCAGCUCCCACUUCCAGGAGGCAAUAGAUUUUAUUGAUCAAGUGAAACAAUCAGGUGGAAAGGUCCUGGUCCACUGCGAGGCAGGCAUCUCACGCUCACCCACCAUCUGCAUGGCCUACAUCAUGAAGACGCAGCAGCUGCGGCUAGAUGCGACCUUUGACAUCAUAAAGCAGCGCAGAGCAGUCAUCUCACCCAACUUCAGUUUCAUGGGUCAGCUGCUGCAGUUUGAGUCAGAGGUCCUGUCCAUGGCCCCCGCUCACGCCACCACACCUGAACCGUCCACACCCUGCUGCGCCCCAGAGUCCGCCUCUUUUUUUGCCAAUGACUUCUCCGCCACCUUCAGCACCAAAAACUAUGAGCCACCUGUGUUCACCCUCCCUACCUCUUGCCUGCAGUCCCCGGUCCACCACCAGUUCAACCUGAGCCCAAUAACUGCACUGCCUUAAAAUGAACUGACUGCUUGUAGUCUUACUUGAAAAGAAUAACAUAAAUAAAAGCUCUCUGUUUGCCUGUUGUUGAAACCAGCAGAGCAGAAAGACUGGCAGACAGACAUGCUGUUUCCUGUCUUCUAAACUUCUGUGAUAAAAACAGCACAGCACAGCACAUUGGUAAACUGCAAUAUACAUGCCUUAGGUUGAUAUUGUGAUUUUUUGCCUAUUCACAAAUACAGUCAGGCAUUCAAACCUAAUUUAUUUGAAAAGUACAGUAUGUCAGAUUUUUUCAAUAAUGUGGAUGUUGUGUUUAAUAAAUGUUUUCACCACAAAAAUAAAGUGGCUGCCAUGUGA